AUGGCAAAAUCGCGGUUUAAGUACGGCCUUAAUAUCUGGAAAAGUUGGCUGAUGGGCCAUCCGCGGUGGCGACUCCACGUGCAGAACUCGCGGCUGGCAGAGGAUGCUGCCUUCGCCUCCCGGUCCGCGGACGUCGGCCUCCAAAAGCAGACCAGCUACUGGUGCAACAUCAUGGCGCUGCGGGGGAACGUGUGGAUCCUCAACGCGCGGCAGCUGCUCACAGCGCGCAGGAGGGGAAUUGUUGGGCCACUGCCUAGUGUGACUGAGGACGAGAUUAACGAUCGCAGUAAGGGCGACGCCUUUGUUAAGGCUAUUGCUGCCUUUAACGUGCUCCUCCUUGUUACGCAGCUUGAGAUUGUUACUCUCUCCUUCUUGUUGUGCAGCCUCGCCACGUACAUGGUGCUACUAAGAAAGCCUAAGGAUGUAUGCACAUGUAUCUACGUGCUGGCGGCACGGCAACCUAGUGUUGACGACUUUAAGGAGCUUGGAUACCUGGGACCCUCUGCAUUCUGGUACGUGCGGGCGGAGACGUGGGUGCCCGACAACAGCGUGCACUACAUAGACGUCGGGAACAUCAGGUGGCUGCGUUUCCUGUUGCGCUACUCUUUGCUGCAUGUUAGUAUGAUAGCUACUCUCCUUACGUCUAUACUGUUUGGGGCGGUUUAUCUAAUAGCCUGGAAUUUUGAAUUCCUAACGCAAGGGGAACGGCUGGGCUGGCACAUUGCUUGUGUGCUGACUCUUGUAGUGCUGUUCUUUAUUGUGACGACAAUGAUGUACGCCGCAGACGUCUGGCGAAAGCUACUUAGGUUGAGCCUGGGCCGGGCUAAGAACGUGGGGAUUGGGAGGGCCUUUGUCCUUGUGGAGGCGUUGCGGUCGUUGACAUUACAGCUGGGUGGGGCGUUCACGGCCACGGAUAUGGGGGAUGGGGGUAUGAGUGCUAGAGGAGAACAUGGAAGGCGUAUUCGUCCUGACGAAUAUUCAAUGUUGCGUCCUGGUAUGGUAAUGACAAUGAUUUCGCAAUCGGAUAUUGCCAUCGGCUGCAGGGAGGGCGGCCGACCCGCUCCAGCCAUAGGGUUGUGGAGAGAGUUGAGUUGGUUAACUGAAGGCAAGGCUGAGGUUGAGUGGGGAUCGCAAGGCUGUGGGGCUGGGCCACAAGUCUUACAGUCAUUACAAGUAAAUUACACUGCUAUGAUUAUGUGGGCGCGGGGUUGUUUUGCACUAGCCGAAAUCGGUAGUUGGUUCGAUCAGAAGUACUGA